UCAUAUCGAGGCAGAGUAACAAGAAGAAGAAAAAGAAGAGUGGAGUGAAACCGAUGCCUGCCGCUGAACAAUCUCCUCAGGCUACACCAUCGGUUGAGGCUACGCCGCCACCAGCCAGCCCCGCCCCUGUACCUUCGAAGAAAGACCGCAAGGCAGCAAAGAAGGCGAGAGCAAAGGAGAAAGAUGUGGAUGAGCUGGAUAAAGUACUAGCAGAGCUAUCCGUGAAAUAUCCGGACCUUCAAACCGUCAGCACAUCGGCCGCAUCCACCUCCAGACCUUCCCUUUCUUCCCUCCUCGCCGUUAACCCUGCACACCUUGAUCCGCAAUCCGAGCUGCGCAAGCUCUUCGGCUCGAAAGUCAUACCUCCUUCCUCCAAAUUCUCAGCCAGAGUGCGCAGUGUCCUCGUCAAACCCAAAGAUGGAUGGUGGCCAGCAAAACUCCGUGAAGGGCUCUCACUCCGCUCCCUAGUGGUCGAGGAGGUGGAGGGAAAGAGACAGCGAUUUGGGUGGUCAGACGGGGAGGCAGAUGAGGGGAGGUGGUGGACGGUCGAAUAUGACAGGCGGUACAAGAGCGUCACGAAGGGAUUCGUAGGGACUGUCAUGUCAGGAGAUCCGGAGGGAUUCUGGAGGAUUUUGAGCAAACUACCCUAUCAUGCCGACACACUUCUACAGCUGGCUGAAGCUUACCGCUAUCGCGAUGAGCAUGCCCAGGCCACAGAUUUCACGGAGCGCGCACUGUUUGCAUAUGAACGUGCUUUCUCCGGUGUUGGCUCGUUCAACUUCACGACCGGAAGCUGUAGGCUCGACUUCGAUCGUGUCGAGAACCGACCGUUCUUCCUCGCGGUAGCCAGGGUCAUCACCGACCUCCAGCGUCGCGGGUGUCCCCGCACCGCCCUCGAAUUCGCAAAGCUCCUCUACUCGCUCGACCCCUGGACAGAUCCGCAUGGCGCCCUUCUGCACCUGGAUACGCUCGCAGUCAAGUCGGGCUCCUCUGCGUGGCUGCUGGACGUAUAUGAUUACUUCAAUUCAAAGAGUGGGAAGGGGAGAGACGGACGGAUGGAUCCUAGCGUGUUGCCCGGGUGGAUGUAUUCGCGGGCAUUGGCACUGAGGAUGCAAGAGAACAGUGAAAAGAGCAUUACACACGAGCGAAGCGAUGCCGCUUUGAAGGAAGCGAUCCUCGCGUUCCCAUCGGUCGUCCCAGUGCUUGCGGAUAAAGGUGAUAUAUCUCUGCCGGGUGAAGUCAGGGCACAUCGAGCGUUUAGGGUGCAUACUGGUGCUAGCGGAACUCAAUCAGAAGACGUCGCGCACCUCCUUGCCCACCUGUACGCCCAGCGCGCUGGCGCAUUAUGGAAACAAGAAUCCGCAUACGGCUCCUGGCUCUCAUCAACCGCCUCUUCCUUGCUCUCCUACCUCCCACAAUCCGCCCUCUCCAACGUUCAUCUCGGCCGGUUCACCGCGCUCUUUAGCAAGCCCACGUUAGCGUACUCUGUCUACCGGCACCUCGUUGUUCUGGAAUCUUCUUCCUCUGCAGGCACGGCCUAUCGCACGCUGUUUGCGUUCAUGCCCGCAGAGGUGAACAGGGGUGGCGGGCUCGCGUGCGAUCCGGUGCCGCCGUUGACCAGGGUGAGCGAAUAUGAUGAGACUUUCUUUGAGGGCGUGGGGGAUGCGUUCGGGUUUGAGGGCAUGUCGCGGCGCGCAAGGGAGCGACUUGUGGAGAGGCUCGUGCCUGAUCCCAGGGUCCGGCGGUACCUCCAGGCUGUGUUCGAUGCGAAUCCGCGAUUGGCGCAGCAGUUCCCUGGGGGUCUUGUGCAGCUCGCGCAAGUAGCGGGACAGAUGGGCGAGGACGCAGUCGAGGAGCUGCUAGCACAAGUUGCGCAGAUGGACGGGGAUGGGUUUGCGGAAGGGGAUGGGGGGAUGCCGGGCGGAAUGCCAGGGGAAAUGGAUCUGAGGUUCUUGGACGAAGCAGAGGAAGGAGAGCCACAUAAUCGCGGCGGUGGAGGAGAGCAAGAAGUCGCGCAACGGGAAGAAGGGGAUGACGAUGACGAUGACGAUGACGAUGAAGAGGGAGAUGAGGAGGUCGAUGUGGCGCCCAUGCCCGUCCGUCUCAUCAGGAAUAUCAUGAGUCGAUUCUGGGGAGGCGCAGCUGCGCAGGAGGAAGAGGGAGAAUCGAGUGACGAGGAUGAACGACACACUCUACCAGGUGGCGAUGUUGAUUAGACCGAAUUCCGGGAGAAGAAUAGAACUGAUGUAUAACGCGGAGAUAUGACUUGUAGUGCGAUGAACAAAU